AUGACGACGGCAAGCCUCUUGGUCAUGGACUCCAUCGUUGUUCAAAAUCAAUCACUUAAAGAGACCUUGGGUGAAGUCUUCGAAGGGUAUGCCGGCAUCACAGCAUCGCUGAAGAAGGUGGUUUUCAAAUCACCAUUCCAUCCCUUCUAUUACCGCUGGCAGCAAUUUACGCAGAUACUUGAGCGUCAAACGCAAAAUUGUGAAGCCGCAGCUAUAUUCUCUCAACUCCUCUAUGGCGUAUUGCAUGCUGAACUCCAUGAAACUAUGGUCGAAAUCAAGGACCAUCUCAAUCACGGAGUCAUCAUUUACCGGCUUCUCUGGGCAUUAUUUGAGCCUGGCAAGCUUGUUGUUACAACUCAAGAUGGACAUACGCGCUUCUAUCUCGUUAAGAGCUGCGUUUACACCGAGGAGAACGGGAUGGUGGUUUCAGUCAGGUUCAUUGAUUGGGACUUGGAUCAAUUCGGGUACGCAGAUGGUAUCCUCAACAUUUGUCCAUUCGCCGGGACGAGUGAGAUUGCCGAGGCCAAUGUUUUCCCGGCCGAAUUCUCGAGUCGAGAUCGAAAGCAGAGGCGGCAGCCAUCGAUCGGGGCCUCAAGUUCCAGAACCUCCGGGGCUUUCAUUACAUGGCCUAUACGGGAUUCAGCUUCCUACUUCCGUGCCAACCCAUCCGAACGGGUCCAUCUGGCGCCGUUAACAGAUGAUUCUGUCAUGCCGUCGAUCAACGUGGCCGAAGAUGCCCAUUUACGCUCGGACAGCUCGGAGGGAUGGAGCUGUGGCACACGUAUAAUAGGGGGAAAUGACUACCAGCAUCGUGUCCGUAAACGAAAGCUCGAAAGCGGGGAGAUCCCCCUGCCAACCGAAGAAGCCACCGAACCAGAUCUUGAUCUCACGAAACAAGAACUCCUCCUCUGUAGCACGCACGUUCGAGGCUGUUGUCUCAAGUCGAAAGUCUGGGCCGAAUUUAUGGUGGAGAAUAACCUGAUUCUUUCCUUCGUGGAGGGCCAGGUCUCUAAUAAGACUGCCUUCGAUGACUUAAUCGAAGGGAAGGGCCUUGGCAUCAUCAUGUUGCUCGUCGGGAAUCCGGGCACUGGCAAAACUUUGACUGCUGAGGCUGUUGCCGAUGAAGUCAGGAAGCCUCUUUAUAUCCUAAGUGCGGUAGAGCUAGGCAAUGAUGCUACUGCUGUUGAAGACAGGCUGACUAAAGUCCUUGAACUAACCGAGAAGUGGGAUGCGGUCCUCUUGUUCGAUGAAUGUGAUGUGUUCAUACAAGAACGCUCUAAGGAACACCUAGAACACAACAAGAUCGUCGCAGUAUUCCUUAGGCUUCUAGAAUACUACCGCGGCAUUUUAUUUAUGACGUCCAACCGCGCUGAAACAAUCGAUAGGGCUUUCUACAGCAGAAUACACCUUACCCUCCACUAUCCUGACCUUGAGCCAGCGGCCAGGGAUCAGAUAUGGAGACAGUUCAGUCAGCGCUCACAGAUGGAGAACAAACUGGCAGACGAAAACUUCAGGAAUCUGGCGCAUCUACCUAUGAAUGGGCGUCAGAUAAAGAAUGUGCUCAAGAUCGCCAUGCUUCUCGCCAGGCAAGAGGACACGGCUCUGUCUAUGGAUCAGAUCCGGACGGUGCUGCGGGCAACCAAGGAGAUCGGCGACGGUUACGAGGUCUAG